CAGAGGGCGGGGACGGCGUGCGGGCGUGCGGGCGGCGCCUAGGGGAGGAGACCGGCCCAUGGACCCGCGGGGCCGGGUGGCCCAGACUCGGUGCCGCCGGGACGGAGCCCAAGAUGUCGGCCUAGGCCGAGCUGCGACGACAAGGACUGUGCGGCUACUGGACGCCGGGGCGCGCGGCCGCUGGGCCCGGGGGUGCUGGCCCUGACGCCGGGGCGCACGGGCGACGAAGAGGCCAGCGCGUGGGGAACGGGCCGCGCGGCACCAUGUCGGCCAAGGUGCGGCUCAAGAAGCUGGAGCAGCUGCUCCUGGACGGGCCGUGGCGCAACGAGAGCGCCCUGAGCGUGGAGACGCUGCUGGACGUGCUGGUGUGCCUCUACACCGAGUGCAGCCACUCGGCGCUGCGCCGCGACAAGUAUGUGGCGGAGUUCCUCGAGUGGGCUAAGCCGUUCACGCAGCUCGUGAAGGACAUGCAGCUUCACCGGGAAGACUUUGAGAUCAUCAAAGUGAUCGGGAGAGGGGCGUUUGGUGAGGUUGCUGUUGUCAAAAUGAAGAGCACCGAACGGAUUUAUGCAAUGAAAAUUCUCAACAAAUGGGAGAUGCUAAAGAGAGCAGAGACAGCCUGUUUCCGGGAAGAGCGCGACGUGCUGGUGAACGGCGACUGCCAGUGGAUCACUGCCCUCCACUACGCCUUUCAGGAUGAGAACUACCUGUACUUGGUUAUGGAUUACUAUGUGGGAGGUGAUUUGCUGACGCUGCUGAGUAAGUUUGAAGACAAGCUUCCAGAAGACAUGGCGAGGUUCUACAUUGGCGAAAUGGUGUUGGCCAUCGAUUCCAUCCACCAGCUCCACUACGUGCACAGAGACAUUAAGCCUGACAACGUCCUUUUGGACGUGAAUGGUCAUAUCCGCUUGGCUGACUUUGGAUCCUGCUUGAAGAUGAACGAUGAUGGAACUGUUCAGUCUUCUGUGGCUGUGGGCACACCUGACUACAUCUCGCCAGAGAUCCUGCAGGCCAUGGAGGAUGGCAUGGGCAAAUAUGGGCCUGAGUGUGACUGGUGGUCUCUGGGCGUCUGCAUGUAUGAGAUGCUGUACGGAGAAACUCCGUUUUACGCGGAGUCUCUGGUGGAAACCUAUGGGAAGAUCAUGAACCAUGAGGAGCGGUUUCAGUUCCCGUCCCACGUCACCGAUGUCUCUGAAGAAGCAAAAGACCUUAUUCAGAGACUGAUCUGCAGCAGAGAACGCCGGCUCGGGCAGAACGGAAUAGAGGAUUUUAAAAAACAUGCGUUUUUUGAAGGUCUAAAUUGGGAAAAUAUACGAAACCUAGAAGCACCGUACAUUCCCGAUGUGAGCAGUCCUUCUGACACUUCCAACUUCGAUGUGGACGAUGAUGUGCUGAGAAACACUGAAAUAUUACCUCCUGGCUCUCACACCGGCUUCUCUGGAUUGCAUUUGCCGUUCAUUGGUUUCACAUUUACGACGGAAAGCUGCUUUUCUGACCGAGGCUCUCUGAAGAGCAUGAUGCAGUCUAAUACGCUAACCAAAGAUGAAGAUGUGCAGCGUGAUUUGGAGAACAGCUUGCAGAUCGAAGCUUAUGAGCGAAGGAUCCGAAGGCUGGAGCAGGAGAAGCUGGAGCUGAGCCGGAAGCUGCAGGAGUCCACCCAGACUGUCCAGUCCCUUCACGGUUCUACACGGGCCCUGGGCAACUCAAACCGAGACAAAGAAAUCAAGAGGCUGAAUGAAGAAAUUGAACGUUUGAAGAAUAAAAUGGCAGAUUCAAACAGGCUUGAGCGACAGCUCGAGGAUACAGUGGCACUUCGCCAGGAGCAUGAGGACUCCACACACCGGCUGAAAGGCCUGGAAAAGCAGUACCGCCUGGUGCGGCAGGAGAAAGAAGAAUUGCACAAGCAAUUGGUUGAAACUUCAGAGCGAUUGAAGUCCCAGACCAAAGAACUGAAAGAUGCCCACCAGCAGCGCAAGCGGGCCCUGCAGGAGUUUUCAGAGCUCAACGAGCACAUGGCGGAGCUCAGGUCCCAGAAGCAGAAGCUGUCCCGUCAGCUCCGCGACAAAGAGGAGGAGAUGGACGUGGCCAUGCAGAAGAUUGACUCCAUGCGGCAGGACAUCCGCAAAUCUGAGAAGUUCAGGAAGGAGCUGGAGUCUCAGCUCGAGGACGCGACUGCCGAGGCCUCCAGAGAGCGGAAGCUACGUGAGCACAGCGAGAGCUUCUGCAGGCAGAUGGAGAGUGAGCUCGAGGCCCUCAAGGUGAAGCAGGGAGGCCGCGGGCCGGGCUCCACCCUGGAGCACCAGCAGGAGAUCUCCAAAAUCAAGUCGGAGCUUGAGAAGAAAGUCCUGUUCUAUGAGGAGGAGCUGGUCCGCCGGGAGGCCUCCCACGUGCUGGAAGUGAAGACUGUAAAGAAGGAGGUGCACGACUCGGAGAGCCACCAGCUGGCCCUGCAGAAAGAAGUCCUAGUGCUGAAAGAUAAAUUAGAAAAGUCAAAGCGAGAACGGCACAGCGAGCUGGAGGAGGCGGUAGGUACCGUAAGAGACAAGUAUGAGCGAGAAAGAGCCAUGCUGUUCGAUGAGAACAAGAAGUUAACAGCUGAGAAUGAAAAGCUUUGUUCCUUUGUGGAUAAACUAACAGCCCAAAAUAGACAGUUGGAAGAUGAGCUGCAGGAUCUGGCAUCCAAGAAGGAGUCGGUCGCACACUGGGAAGCGCAGAUCGCCGAGAUCAUCCAGUGGGUCAGCGAUGAGAAAGAUGCCAGGGGCUACCUUCAGGCCCUCGCUUCUAAGAUGACCGAAGAACUUGAGACUUUGAGAAGUUCUAGUUUGGGAUCAAGGACACUGGAUCCACUUUGGAAAGUUCGUCGGAGUCAGAAGCUGGACAUGUCUGCACGGCUAGAAUUGCAGUCUGCCCUUGAGGCGGAGAUCCGGGCCAAACAGCUUGUUCAGGAGGAGCUAAGGAAGAUCAAAGAUACAAACUUAUCCUUUGAAAGCAAACUAAAGGAAUCGGAAGCCAAAAACAGAGAAUUAUUAGAAGAAAUGCAAAUUCUGAAGAAAAAGAUGGAAGAAAAAUUUAGAGCAGACACAGGGCUCAAACUUCCCGAUUUCCAGGAUUCUAUCUUUGAGUAUUUCAACACUGUUCCUCUUGCACAUGAUCUGACCUUUAGAGACUCGCUCUCCUCCUCGUCUGCAUCUUCUCUGCUGGCCUUGUGGGAGGACAGCAGCUCAGCUAGUGAUCAGGAAACACAGGCUUCAAAGCUGGAUUUGUCCCCAUCAGUGUCUGUGGCCACAAGCACAGAGCAGCAGGAGGAUAUGGCUCGGCCCCAGCAGAGGCCGCCUGCUGUGCCGCUGCCCAACACACAGGCCCUCGCCAUGACUGGACCAAAGCCCAAAGCACACCAGUUCAGCAUCAAGUCCUUCCCCAGCCCCACUCAGUGCAGCCAUUGCACGUCCUUGAUGGUUGGACUGAUCCGACAGGGCUACGCCUGUGAAGUGUGUGCGUUUUCCUGCCACGUGUCCUGUAAAGACAGCGCCCCCCAAGUGUGCCCUAUACCUCCUGAGCAGUCCAAGAGGCCUCUCGGGGUAGACGUGCAGAGGGGCAUAGGCACCGCCUACAAGGGUUACGUCAAGGUCCCAAAGCCCACAGGAGUGAAGAAAGGAUGGCAGCGGGCUUAUGCAGUGGUCUGUGACUGCAAACUCUUCCUAUACGACCUGCCAGAAGGAAAGUCCACCCAACCUGGUGUCGUUGCCAGUCAAGUCUUGGACCUCAGAGAUGAGGAGUUUUCUGUGAGCUCGGUCCUGGCUUCAGAUGUCAUCCAUGCAACACGCCGAGACAUUCCGUGUAUAUUCAGGGUGACGGCCUCUCUCUUAGGUUCCCCUUCUAAGAGCAGCUCGCUACUCAUCCUGACAGAGAACGAGAACGAGAAGAGGAAGUGGGUUGGGAUUCUCGAAGGGCUGCAGGCUAUCCUCCACAAGAACCGGCUGAGGAGCCAGGUGGUGCACGUCGCCCAGGAGGCCUACGACAGCGCUCUGCCGCUCAUCAAGACUGUGCUUGCUGCGGCUAUUGUGGAUGGAGACAGGAUUGCCGUGGGCCUGGAAGAGGGGCUGUACGUCAUUGAGCUCACCCGAGAUGUGAUCGUCCGUGCUGCUGACUGCAAGAAGGUGUACCAGAUCGAACUGGCGCCCAAGGAGAAAAUCAUCAUCCUCCUCUGUGGCCGGAACCACCACGUGCACCUCUACCCCUGGUCCUCCUUUGAUGGAGCGGAAGCAAGCAACUUUGAUAUCAAGCUCCCAGAAACGAAAGGCUGCCAGCUCAUAGCAACAGGGACACUGAGGAAGAGCUCAGCCACCUGCCUGUUUGUCGCCGUGAAGCGACUGAUCCUUUGCUACGAGAUCCAGAGAACUAAGCCUUUCCACAGGAAGUUCAAUGAGAUGGUGGCUCCGGGACACGUGCAGUGGAUGGCCGUGUUCAAGGACAGGCUCUGUGUUGGCUACCCUUCUGGAUUCUCCCUGUUGAGCAUCCAGGGGGACGGGCAGCCUUUAGACCUGGUAAAUCCCACUGACCCCUCGCUUGCGUUCCUCUCACAGCAGUCUUUCGAUGCCCUUUGUGCUGUGGAGCUCAAAAGUGAGGAGUACCUGCUUUGCUUCAGCCACAUGGGACUGUACGUGGACCCUCAAGGCCGGAGGUCACGCAUGCAGGAGCUCAUGUGGCCUGCGGCUCCUGUCGCCUGUAGUUGCAGCCCCUCCCACGUUACAGUGUACAGCGAGUACGGGGUGGAUGUGUUUGACGUGCGCACAAUGGAGUGGGUGCAGACCAUCGGCCUGCGGAGGAUACGACCUUUGAACUCCGAUGGCAGCCUCAACCUGCUUGGCUGUGAGCACCCACGCCUCAUCUACUUCAAGAACAAGCUCUCAGGAGCUGUUCUCAAUGUGCCCGACACCUCGGACAACAGCAAGAAGCAGAUGCUACGGACCCGGAGCAAGCGGCGGUUUGUCUUCAAGGUUCCGGAGGAAGAAAGGCUGCAGCAGCGGCGAGAGAUGCUCAGAGACCCGGAAUUGAGAUCCAAAAUGAUAUCCAACCCGACCAAUUUCAAUCAUGUGGCUCACAUGGGCCCCGGGGACGGGAUGCAGGUACUCAUGGACCUGCCUCUGAGUGCAGCAUCCGCUCCCCAGGAGGAGAAGCAGGGCCCUGCCCCUGCAGGCCUCCCUCGGCAGCCCCCGCCCAGGAGCAAGCCCUACAUCUCCUGGCCCUCAUCAGGUGGGUCCGAGCCUGGAGUGAGUGUGCCUCUGAGGAGCAUGUCGGAUCCCGACCAGGAUUUUGACAAAGAGCCUGACUCCGAUUCCACCAAACACUCAACUCCAUCCAAUAGCUCCAACCCUAGUGGCCCCCCAAGCCCCAACUCUCCCCAUCGGAGCCAGCUCCCUAUGGAAGGCCUGGACCAACCAGCCUGUGAUGCCUGAGGCUGCCAGCAUAGCACCGUGGGGCCAGGAAGCCCAAAUGGCCCCACCACCAGUGCCAAGACUGAGCUGACCCUCCAGUGUUGUCCACGGAAAUGUAGAAUCAGUUUGUAGAUAGAUAAAAUAAUCUUUAUUAUAAUGUUGAGUUUUGUGCCACGUUGUUGGUGGCAAUCGACCAGAUGUGUUUGUCUGCACAGCCGCGAGGCAGCACUGUUCCGUUUGCACAUGAAGGGCCAGCACUCACCUCUCCCACCAGGACUGCCAGGCCCAGACCAGGCUUCCCAGCAGAUGCUGGGGGUGUGGCCUCAGACUUCCCUCUCUCCUGAACUGUCUCUAGGACCUUCAAAGACUAAAGUUGUCACCAUUCCAGUGUCACGGAGGCUUGUCUGUGGUCUUCCCAUUCACUUAGCCCUGACACAGGCCGCUGCAGCAAUCCUGCUGGCUGGCUGUGUCCCUGUGUCCGUCCAUUCUGGGCCACAGCCAUGAGAUGCCCCCUGUGAAGGCAGCCGUGUACUGGCUCCCACUGCACCUGCAGCCUGCCACAGGCCAGCACACACCUGGGGCAGGCAAGCCCAUGGCCUGCUGAAUUCAGAGGAGCCUGGGGAGCCAUGCCCAGGCCCUGGGACAUCCA